UCCCCAUCUAUCUGACUUCAUUCCUUCCAUCCAUUCUUCCUCUCGCCAACAAACACCCGACAUACACACAUACCGACGUCACCCCUCCCCCUCUCUCCUCCCGCCCGUUUCCCCGCCCCGCUAAUCAGCUACCCUUGCUCGGCCCGAGCACGUGUGGAGAUGCACGCUCCCACCACCAAUAGUCCUCCUACACGAAGUAUUCAUUUCCAUCUACUGCCACUACUACUACUACUACUAUUACUACUACUACUACUACUACUACUACUACUACUACUACUACUACUACUACUACUACUACUACUAGCUAAAAAAGAGGAAAAAACAACAACAACACACAAACACAAACACAACAAAUACACAACAACAGCUACUACCUACUGAUCCAACGACAUCUCCCCAACACCAGAAACAGCCCCCCGACCCCGCCCUCUCCCCUUGCCCUUGCCCUUGCCCUUGCCCUUCGCCUUCCCCUUCCCCUCAUUCAGCCUCAUGCGAUACAGAAUCAGAUCCACCGCGGCAGUCGAAUACCGUCUCUGCGGCUCCACCUCACCACCCUCGCCUUUCACGUCCCCGCCAUCCACUUCCAUCUCCGUCUCCAUCUCCGUCUCCCCCAUCUCCAUCUCCACAUCCACAUCCACAUCCACAUCCACCUCAUCCGCCCACAGCCCCGCCGCCGCCAUCACCGGCCUGGGCCCCAAACUGCGCGGACUCUUUGGUCCGUCAGCGUCGCCGUCGCCGUCCUUCUCCCCCACACCACCACCACUGCCCUCGACUUUCGCCCGCGCGCUCGAGCACGCCGCUGCCAUGUCCCACCCCUCGCGGAACCCACUGAACGGCACGUCCACCUCCACCUCCUCUUGGUCUUGCUCUUUCAUUUCCCCGCUACCGCCGCCGCCGUUAUCGCCCUCCCCGUCCUCCCCAUCAACAGCAGUAACAGCCACCGCCGGCGACGCAGGCCCCGGCGACGCAGACGCAGACGCAGCCGCAGACGCAGGGUAGAUAUAGUGCGUCAGCCCCGUCUCGUCGACGACCUCUGUGGGGCCGGGCGCGCCGCCUCCUUCCGCGCCCAAGGCAUCCAGCAGCAGGAGCGAGGGGUCGACUGUGCCGGCGGCGACGGCGUUGGUGGGGUCAAAAUGCUGCGCUUGCGCGUGGGACUGGGAGUGGGCAAGCCACGCCCAAGGCGACGCCGAAGACGAGGAAUCUGCCACCGCCGCAGCAGCAGGCAACGGCCACGAAUACGCCGGUUGAUGGUGCUGAUGGUGCUGCUGCGGGAACCACGCCCCGUCACCCGCACCCACAUACGCCUCUCCCCCAACCCCUCCACCCAGCACACCCCCCGCCACAGGCGGCGGCACAACGACCAGCCCCGG